AAAAUAGUCGUUGAUUAGACUUUCUAAGCAAAUUCGCCUUAGCAUAUCCCUCGUUUUCUCAGGACACCAAAUUCAGACGGAAAAAUGGAACAUCACACCACCACCAGCCGAGCCGAAGCCGAACGCCUUCUCGGAAUCUCCGAAAAGCUGCUCCGGAACAAGGACCUCGGUGGCUCCAAAGACUUCGCUAUUUUAGCCCAGGAAACCGAACCGCUUUUGGAAGGACCCGAACAGAUCUUAGCCGUAGCCGAUGUCCUCUUGGCCGCCGACAAACGUGUCAACAACCACCAUGACUGGUACUCCAUUCUCCAAGUCCCUCACCGUACCGACGAUGCCGAGCUGAUCAAGAAGCAGUACCGGCGUCUCGCCCUCCUCCUCCACCCGGACAAAAAUCGGUUCGCCUUCUCCGAGUCAGCUUUCGGGCUCGUGGCUGAUGCGUGGGCCGUUCUUUCUGAUGCUGGCAAGAAACCCUUGUACGACAAUGAGUUCUCCCUUUUCACGAAGGUCGAUCUGGUGGCUACGAAGAAACAACCCACUCAGCAGCCACAUGGGCAGAAAUUUCAUCCGCAAAAGAAGCCGGAUGAAGGGAAUUUUCAUCAGAAAUUGUCUGUCCGACGGAGCGCAAGGGGUGACGGUGGAAGUGGUGGUGGAACCAGAUCGAACAACAGAAAAGGCGUCAAUAGUAGUAAUGCUGAUACUGGUGGUGGUUUGGGAAGCAAUGGGCCGGGUACUUAUUGGACGGCAUGUCCUUACUGUUAUAAUUUAUACGAGUAUCCCAGAUUAUAUGAUGGGUGCUGUUUCAGGUGCCAGAAUUGUAAAAGGGCAUUUACUGGAGCUGAGAUUUUGUCGAUGCCGCCUAUGGUGCCAGGAAAAGAGGCCUAUUAUUGCUGUUGGGGGUUCUUCCCAAUGGGGUUUGCGGUGGGGAAUUCUAAGGGUAGCAAGAGGCGGGGUGUUAAUGGGUAUCCCAAUUGGAUGCCACCCAUGUUUGGGUCGGGUGGUGCACAGGUGGAUGGUGGUACACCCAUGCCCAGUGUUCCGCCACCGCCUCCGCCCAAUGUGACGCCGACAACACCAGGACCGGCGGCUUCAACGGGGGCUAAAAAGAGGGGUAGACCAAGAAAGAAUGUGUAGGUAAUAGAAAUUGGAAGUUGAGCUAUAAUUUGGAAAGGAGGUGAAGGCCUGCGUCUUAUUUUUCUAUCCUUAAAAAUGGCUUCUGCUCAUAUAAGGUUAACUAUUUUGGGGAUUUUGAAAGGGUUGUAGUAGUAAUAAUUCUUAGUGCUAUUUUUAAUCUGUAGAAUUCUAAUGUUGUUUAUGUAGAUGGAUUUCUGUGAUAUAUAUGAACUUGAACUGGGCAGUCCAGCUCAUUUUCCUUAGCUAAAUUCGAACGUCCUGCAGAUAUGGAAGAGUUGAAUAACCAUUUGGCUCGCAAUAUUUCUCAUGUUUUUUGUUUUAUUCCAGGCGUUUAUAGUAUCUUCUGCUGCUGCUUAUUGCUAAUUUUCACGGUACAGUUAAAGAGCUUUAAGAGCAUCUUUGUUUACUGGCAGUAUAGUUUUUGAUAGUGCUCUCGUGCAUGUGGUGUCUGUCCAUGGAGCUUAUUUUUCCCAAUAAGGGAUUCCUUUGGGUCUAGCUAAUCGCAAAGCAAUGUGUAGCCCAAGUUGCGGCAGCAUUGCCAAGCAGGACAAAAAGAGAGGAUGUGUAGGUAAUAAAACUUAAAAACACUUGAAAGAUCUGCCUGUUGAGUUUAUGCUGACUUGGAACUCUUUUGGAGGAGGUGAUGACAAAGUUACGCCUUGUACGGCUUGUGCUCAUGGAUGUUUUUAAAUUUUUUUUUCGAGGAUUUAGGAAGCUUGUAGUUUACUUUGUAGAAUUCUUUCUUUCUUUUUUUUGGUAGUCGCUAAGCUUAGUAGAUGAAUUAAUUUAGAAUCCAGUUAGAUGAAUUUUUAUAAUAUGUAUGCAUGAACUUGGUUCAUAUGAAACUAAAGUUGAACAGUUCCGUUA